AUGAAGCAAAAGCUCUCACAGAAAAAUACGAAACCAAUCGAGAAAAUACUUGAUCACAACAAUGAUCAAAAUAAUGAAUUAAUUAUAACUACAUCACAAACAAAUUCUUUAAUUACGUCGAAUUCUAUUAAUGAUCCAAACUCAAGUGAAACCAAUACGGAUAUAUCAACGUCAACACCAACACCAUUAUCACAACAAAAUAUUGGUGGUCGAAAGUUCAUCUCUAGAGUCUGGCUAUAUGCUAAGAAAUCAGAUGAUGAUCAAGAAGCUGCUUGUUUGCUGUGUGAUUAUAUAUGUUCAUGUCGAUCACAUUCUACAUCAACAAUUCGACAGCACCUUAUUAUUAAACACAACAAAACAGAUCUUAUAUUAAAAUCAUCAUCAGUUCAUGCAAAAUCUAAAAUAUCAGAAGCUUUAAAAAAUGAGCUCCAUCAACUAUGUUAUGUUGCAAUUAUUAAAGAUAGUCGUCCAUUCAACGACCUGAAUAAAAUUGGUAUUACAGCUUUGAUAAAUAAACUUUAUCCUGGUCAUUGGAUGAGUAAUUCUAUUGAUUCUGUUUCUAAAUUCAUUGACUUUUCUUGUUUCAAUGAACGACAUACAGCAAUCGAAAUUGCAAGAGUUUUAAGAGAAAACAUGAUUGAUUUAGAUGUUUAUGAAAAAAUAAUUUGUAUCACCUGUGACGGUGCUGAAAAUUUGGUUUUAGCUUGCGAGCUGUUAAAUGAAGAUAUUAUUAGAAUUUGGUGCUACGCUCAUAGGCUUCACUUGGUGGUUAUAAAUGCUUUAGGAUUUUGGGUUUCUGAAAAAAAGAAUAAUAUUGAUGGGCCUAGUUAUUCAUUGGCAAAUGUUAUAACACUCAAUACUACAACAUCUAAUGUUAUUGAUCAUGAAAGUGAACAAGAAACCAUGGAUAUAGAAUGGGAUCAUGAAAUAAAUGAUGAUUCAUGGAACAUUAAUGAUGUUGACUUCAUUGAUGAAACUAAUACAUAUAAUAAUAAUGCUACAACCAAUACUGAAUUUAGUGAAGUAACAUAUUUCUAUGAUGAUGAACUUAUUAAUGAACAAGAUAUUAUUGAAUUAAUCAAUGAUAGUUGA